CACAUGUGACUUAACAUCAUUCCUAUCUCCAGUUCCCGGGGAUCCGGUACAUCGCCCACCUUCUCCACACCAGACAGGGACGUGGGACACAGAACAUAAAUAAAUCUUUUUUAAAAAGGAUGUUUUACAACACGAUUAACUAAUCAUUUUUCUAUAAUUAACUUUAAAAUAUUGUCAUUGUGAUGCAUAUACUGUCUAGGAAUGCGUUAGGUGUGUAGAUUCAGGUCAAGGAAGUAAUAGCUUAGAAUCUUGAGCCAGCCUACCCAUGAAUAUUGUUUCUGUCUAUGUACCUAUGUAAGCUUAACAAAGCAAAGUUUACAGGUAAACUGUUUAACUGUACUCACGUUGAUGCCUCACCCUUCUUGUUCAUUUGUAGGUAUUUUAUUUUGCCGCAGGAGUGUCUCUCAUGGCUUCCUUUCCCUCCCCCAGCUCCUCCUCUAGAGAUUGCACAUUUUCUAGGAAGGCCCCACAGGAAGGAGGAAGGCAAUGGCUGUUUGUCCUCUGCCAUUGGGCGCUCAGGACUCAGUGACAUUCAAGGAUGUGUCUGUGGACUUCACUUGGGCGGAGUGGAUGCAGCUAGAUUCUGUGCAGAGGAGCCUGUAUGGCAGACUGGUGCUGUUGAACUGCAGGAACCUGGUCUCCUGGCAGGACAUCAACUUUCCGAAUUAGAUGUGUUCUCUGAGCCGGAACAAGGACUGAGCCUGAGAAAAAGAGAACUCCCAGGUUGCAUCUUUCCGGGCUGGAAAACAAGACUUGAAACCAAAGAGUUAACUCCAAAGUCCAGCAUUAUUGAAAAAUUGCCCUAUGGGGCCAUGAUGGAAAAGGAAGAUUUCUGGCAUUCAGCUUUAGGGUCUGUCUGGGACCCCUCUUGUCAGCUAGAGAGGCAGCAGGAAAGAUAUCUGGGCCAAGUGGCAGUGGCCCAAAAGGAAACCUUUAAUGAGAAGAGGGUAUGUGACGGUAAUAAAACUGAAAAUUGUUCCAUUGAGGGUUCAAUGCUUAAUACACCACAAAGCAUUCCUUUGACAAAAAGGCCUCGCAAUUGGAAUUUACAUGGAAAAGAUUCCAAGCAGACUUCCAAGUUAAUGAAAUCUCCAAGAAUGUUUAUAGGGAAGAAAAUAUAUGAAUGUGAUGCCUGCAGGAAAACCUUCAGCCAGAGUUCCUCCCUGCUUAAGCACCAGAGGAUUCACACUGGGGAGAAACCCUAUAAAUGCAGCGUGUGUGGCAAGCACUUCAUUGAACGCUCCUCCCUCACCGUCCAUCAAAGGACUCAUACGGGGGAAAAACCCUACAAAUGUAAUGACUGUGGGAAAGCCUUCAGUCAGAGCAUGAACCUCACUGUGCAUCAAAGAACUCACACUGGAGAGAAACCUUAUCAGUGCAAAGAGUGUGGGAAAGCUUUUUGUAAGAAUUCAUCCCUUGUCCAACAUGAAAGGAUUCAUACCGGGGAGAAGCCCUACAAAUGUAGCGACUGUGGGAAAGCUUUUACACAAAGCAUGAAUCUGACAGUGCAUCAGAGAACUCACACCGGAGAAAAACCCUACGAAUGUAGCGAAUGUGGAAAAGCCUUCAGUCAGAGCAUGCAUCUUAUUGUGCAUCAGAGAAGUCACACUGGGGAAAAACCCUAUGAGUGCAAUGAAUGCGGAAAGGCCUUCAGUAAAAGCUCAACGCUCACUCUACACCAGCGAAAUCACACUGGAGAGAAACCCUACAAAUGUAACAAAUGUGGUAAAUCAUUUAGUCAAAGCACAUACCUUAUAGAACAUCAGAGACUUCACUCUGGAGUGAAACCUUUCGAAUGUAACCAGUGUGGGAAAGCUUUUAGUAAGAAUUCUUCUCUUACUCAGCAUCGGAGAAUUCACACUGGUGAGAAGCCUUAUGAGUGCAUGGUGUGUGGAAAGCAUUUCACGGGGAGAUCAUCCCUAACUGUCCAUCAGGUGAUACACACUGGAGAGAAACCUUACGAGUGCACUGAAUGCGGGAAGGCCUUCAGCCAAAGCGCCUACCUUAUUGAACAUCAAAGAAUCCACACUGGUGAAAAACCCUAUGAAUGUGACCAGUGUGGGAAAGCGUUCAUUAAGAAUUCAUCCCUCAUAGUGCACCAGAGGAUCCACACAGGAGAGAAGCCCUAUCAGUGUAAUGAAUGUGGGAAGGCCUUCAGUAGGAGUACAAACCUUACAAGACAUCAGAGGACUCAUACUGGUGAGAAACCAUAUGAGUGUAAGGACUGUGGCAAGGCCUUCUCAGUGAGCUCUUUGCUUACCCACCACCAGAAAAUCCAUACUGGGGAGAAGCCUUUCGAAUGCGACGUUUGCGGGAAAGCCUUUAUCCGGAACAUACACCUUUCCCACCACCAGAGAAUCCAUACUGGAGAGAAGCCUUUCCAAUGUAACGUUUGUGACAAAGCCUUUGUUUGCAGAGCGCAUCUUACCAAACACCAGAACAUCCACAGUGGGGACAAACCCUAUAAAUGUAACGAGUGCGGGAAAGCCUUCAAUCAGAGCACAAGUUUUCUUCAGCACCAGAGAAUACACACCGGAGAGAAACCCUUUGAAUGCAGUGAAUGUGGAAAGGCCUUCCGGGUGAACUCUUCCCUCACGGAACACCAGAGAAUUCACACGGGGGAGAAACCAUAUAAGUGUAGCGAGUGUGGCAAAGCAUUCAGGGAUAACUCGUCCUUUGCGCGACACCGGAAAACUCACACUGGAGAGAAACCUUACCGAUGCGGCUUGUGUGAGAAAGCCUUCAGGGACCAGUCAUCCCUCGCACAGCAUCAGAGGAUUCACACGGGGGAAAAGCCUUACACGUGUAACAUCUGCGAGAAAGCCUUCAGUGACCACUCAGCCCUUACCCAGCAUAAGAGAAUCCAUACACGAGAAAAGCCGUACAAGUGUAAAACCUGCGGGAAAGCUUUUAUUCGAAGCACACACCUCACCCAGCACCAGAGGAUUCACACGGGAGAGAAACCCUAUAAGUGUAGCAAAUGUGGGAAAGCCUUCAACCAGACUGCAAAUCUCAUCCAGCAUCAGAGGCAUCAUCUUGUAGAAAAAUGAUGCGAAUGCAGCUCGUGUGGAAAUGCUGUGGGGAUGACGACAUUCACCACUGACUAUAAGAGAAUACGUAAAGAAUCGCAGUGGAAUCUUUUAAUAGGAUCGUUGUGUUUACUGGGAGCCAAGUUCCAUGAUGCCAUGGGUUUUAAGAGUGUUAAGGAUGGCAAACAUACCUCUCUUUUUAGUACUGCCUCAGUUGGAAAGUGGUAUUUUUUUAUUGGCCUGAAUUACCAAGUCUUGGGACCAAAAUGAAACUUCAUUAAAAGUAUAAAUGUCAGUUUAUCAAGUUUAUGAUUUGUUAAGAUAAUUAUAAAGUUAUAAAAAUUAAGGUUGAGAAGCAAAUGAACAAACACGUACGAAAAUGGUCUAUACUCAUUUUAUUCUAGAUGUUCUUCUAUAAGACAGUUGCCAUCUUUAAGAGAACCCUUUGUUUCCCCCCACCCACAUCCAUGAUGCCUAGUUUAGAGACGUUUCCAUCAGUCACCCACGCAUGAGUGGAGUCAUGCUUCUCAUGAGUCUGCUUCUGUUUCAGCCAUCUUUGGGCAAGUCUCCUGGGCCUACCUGCUCACUUGCUCCU